CGUUUGUUCGUUUGUUCGUUUGUUCGUUUGUUCGCUUGUUCGUUUGUUCGUACAUUCAUUCAAUAUAAGAUAUAGAAAUAAUAUAAGACGUAUUGUGUGUUUUAAUUGAAAAGUAAAAUUACUGAUCGUAAUUGGAUUUCUCGUGAAACGUGUUCUUUUCUUCCUUUUCUUUCUUUCUUUCUUUCUUUCUUUCUUUCUUUCUUUUUUUCUUUUUCUUCUUCUUUCUUUCUUUCUUUCUUUUUUUCUUUUUCUUCUUCUUUCUCUUUUUUUUGUUUUAUUCUUUUUCGAAAAAGAAAAGAAAAAAGAAACUACACGUUUAAUGGACGCGACAAUGAUUUAGUCGGAGUUCUAACAAAUGGAAUAUUAAUGGUUUAAUGAGAAAAAAAGAAAACUACAUACGUGGGUGGUGAUUGAUAAAAGGAAUGAAAACAGUUGUAGAUAAAAUAGGAAACGAUGCAAGUUGGACAAUUGUUAAUUACCCAGGCCACGUGCGUACCAAAUUUUUAUCUAUUGGAUGAUAACGACAGUUCCGGAAUUCCUCGUAGCGACGGAAGUUCUGCAAGCAAUUCGCCGCAUCAUUACGAACGUUUUUCACCGACAACACACUUAAUGGAUCUCAGUAAUCCGCCGGAGCACCGUGACGUGCCGCCUUAUCAUCAUAAUAAUCAUCAUAAUAAUCAUCAUCAUCAUCAUCAUCAUCAUCCUCCUCAUCUUCAUCACCUUCAUCUUCAACAUAAUAAUAAUAAUAAUAAUAAUAAUAAUAAUAAUAAUAAUAAUAAUAAUAAUAAUAACAACAAUAAUAAUAAUAAUAAUAAUAAUAAUAAUAAUAAUAAUAAUAACAAUAGUCAGACUAUUUAUCAAGCUCAAUCGCCACCAUUUUUGAUAUACGAAAAUCCAGAUGAUGGUAAAAGAUAUCAUUCUCAGGACCAUCAGGAGGGUAAAAUUAUAAGAGAUUUACAAAUGAUUUAUGACAGAAGAUUACACGCUAAUUCACCGGUAUUUUUGUCUGAUCAUGGUAAAGAAAAUGAACAAAGUCUUUAUAUAAUGACAUCACCAAAUCAUAUGUAUUCAUCCGGUGGCGAAGAACUUACUACGAUCGCUGUAUCGAAAACAACACAAUUGCAAAAUACUGAACCGUAUCGAUUGAUAGAUGUCAUUGAAUAUAAAUCUGAUACAUUACAUGAAUAUAAAAAGGAGGAUAUCGAUCAGCAACACCAACAACAACAACAGCAACAACAGCAACAUCAGCAACAUCAGCAACAUCAACAACAACAACAACAACAACAACAACAACAACAAACAUCACAACAAUUGGAACAGCAGCAUAGUUACAAACAGAUCGAACAAAAUCCAGCAUCGUCUACGAAAACUUUCGUUGUAGAAAAUAAUCGAGUGAAAAAAAAAAGGAAGACUAAUAUCGAUGAUAAUGAAAAUGAAAGUGCAACCUCUUCCUCAACGAAAAUGAAGGUCCGUAGAAAGAGCGGUGCCACGUAUGAAGAAAUUCAAAAUCAAAGAGUAAUGGCUAAUGUUAGAGAACGGCAAAGAACUCAGAGUUUAAACGAAGCAUUUUCAGCCCUUAGAAAGAUCAUUCCAACAUUGCCAAGCGAUAAAUUGAGUAAAAUUCAAACGUUAAAACUUGCAACAAGGUAUAUUGACUUUUUGUAUCAAGUGUUGCAUUGUAAUAUGGAAAACAACGAGGAGGAAAGCGGUAAGAAUUUUUAUCAGAACUAUAAUAUCCAUUCAUCAUUUAUUUUCGUUCUAAUAUCGAUUAUAGUCUCACAGUCUUUCUCUCUCUCUAUCUCUCUCUCUGUCUCUCUGUUUCUCUCUCUGUCUCUCUCUCUCUCUCUCUCUCUCUUUCUCUGUCUCUAUCUCUCUCUCUCUCUGUCUGUCUCUCUCUCUCUCUCUCUCUCUGUCUCUCUCUCUCUCCAUGUCUCUAUGCUCUUUAAGGUCGUUUUUAGAAACGUUCCUACCAAAAUGUAAAUAGUAUCGUCAACUUUUACUACUCUAUGAGAAAACAUUAAUCAGGCUGAGGGAAAAGUGAAGAAAAAAAAACAAAAAAAAACAAAAAACAAAAAACAAAAAAAAAAGAAAAGAAAAAAGAAGAAAAGGAAGAAAGGAAAAAAGACUCGCGCGUUGUUUGUAGAUGAAAAAAAAAAGAACAAAAAAAAAAACAAAAAAGAAAGAAACUCCUACAAUCCUAGUUUGCCUUACCCUUCGCCACCUUAAUAACUUACAUACAUACAGAAGCAUCGAGCUUAUGUUUAUGGGAACCGCUUUAGUGCUUAUUUACGGUGUAGUCUAAUUAAACAGUCACUCGUAGUGGAGUCUUGUAAUUUACGGACCUCUGUAAAGGCUUGAUGAGCGUCCUAUCCUAGUGCCACUUAUUCGUGUGCGUUGUUUUAACUUCUUCCAAAAAUUGCCCUACUAACUUCCAAACAAAAAGAAAAAGAAAAAUAUAUAUAUAUAUAUAUAUAUAUGUAUAUGUAUGUACUUACAGAUUAGAAUUAAUAAAAUUUGAUAUUGUUUUAUUUUUUUGGUCUAUUCUAUUUUGUUUUAUAAAUUUUUGUUUCCUCUUUUUUUUUUUUUAUUCUCUUCCCUAACGAUUUAACAUUUUCGAAUUAACGUCAGAUCGAUCAAAAUUUUUCAAUUAAUUUUUAAUAAUGUCAUUCAAUUCCUUUUUUUUUCCUUUCUCCUUUCUUUCUUUUCUUUUCUUUUCUUUUCAUUUUUAUUCGUUUCACCAGGACUACGAAUACAUCUCUCGUUCGUCGAAAAUUUUUUAGAAAAUGAAAUUUUUAUUCAAUUUUAUAUGUUUUUAAUUUUUUUUCCAUUCAUUCAAGAGAAUUGUAAAGUUUCCUCGUCGAAAUAAAUGAUAUGAAAUAAACAUUAUCAUUCAAUACGUUGUCAUUUUUAUUAUUCCUUCAACGAUUGCCUUUUAAAUAUCUCAUUCGUCAAUUAUAU